AUGAUGCGAGGGCCCUCGCCGCUGGUGAGGUCGACGCGUGGUUUGCAUCUUCAGCGGCCCGCGUCCUUUGUCUGCCGGCAAUGCAGAAGUAUUCAGAUCAGUGCUGCGCCGAGCACCGACUCCCCGACGGUUACUGGCGAUGCCUUUGGAGUCUCCAUUGGCGGGGCGCGAGACAUGGCAGACGCUCGGUUCGAAGUUCUCGGAUCUCCAUACUCGCUGCUAUCCGUCACGCUUUCGGCAUCGCAGAAGCUUUACACGAGGCGGGGCACGCUCGUUGCCGUAGCUGGCAAGCCAGACAAUGCCCAAUCGACGCUAUCGCUAUUGAAUCCCUUAACCCGGGCUGCUUUCGGGGUUCCGUUUGUCUACCAGCGAAUUUCUGCGACGACACCUAUCACCGCUCUCAUUUCCUCAAAGUCGCCGACGACUACGUUUGCCGUGCUUCACCUCGACGGCACUACCGACUGGAUGGUCUCGCAACGACAGGCGCUGCUCGCCUGGACAGGCCACACUCUGACGCUGUCGUCCCGGAUCCGGCGCAGGCUUGCGCUUGCACACUGGGGCAGCACGCAGCUGACAGGGCGGGGACUGGCUGCGCUAUCUGCUCCGGGACAAAUCUAUCAACUUUCACUAGUAGAAGGCGAAGAGUUUGUCGCCCAUCCGGGCAGCGUCGUGGCUUACUCCGUGUCGAGAAACGCACCGCAGCCGUUCCGUCUCAAGAGCACAAGCCUACGUCUACAGAUACCCUCAUUCACAUCUUGGUUUCACGAGACGGAGGUCGUCAGGACGGUGAGAAACUCGGGUGUCUACAAAUUCCUUGCAAAGGCCGUACACCAAUUCCGAACCAUGGCACGACGAACGAUCUGGGGUGACCGCCUGUUCCUCCAGUUCAAGGGACCCACAACUAUCCUGAUGUCGAGUCGAGGUGUGCGCGUCGCAGAUGUCUUGUCCCGAGAGCAAGUUGAAGAAGUCGCUGACGCACCCGCGGGAGUACUUCCCACCGCUGUCGAGCUGGCGAGCAGGCCGAAAGACGAAGGGCAGAUCCUGGAGAAGCCUCAGGCAGACGAAGUCGCUGGUAAUUUGCAAUUUGGACCCGCCCUGAAGAAUAGCAAGGUCGCGAUUGACGAGGUAAAGGAUCUGAAAGAGUUUGUGCGGUAA